GAGCCCUCGACCAAGCAUGAGCGCCGCCGCCGACAUCGUGACCUUGGACGACUUUGCCCUCAAGUUCCCGGACGACGUUGAAGAAAGCUUCAGCGCUGCGUACGGCCAAGCGCACUGGGACGACAUCAAGAAGGCCCUCGCGCGCCCGCCGGCGUACACGUCGGUGCGCGUCAACACGCUCGUGACGGACCAGGCCGCGCUCGUCCUCAAACUCAACGAGGCGCUCAAGGACUUUAACGCGCGCUUGGCGUCGGCGGGUCGCCCACCAAUCGUCGCCGUGCCGCACGCCUCCCUGCCCGACGUCGUCAUGGUGCCGUCCGCGCCGCGGAUUGCGCUCGACGUCGCUGAAGUCGUGAGCCGGAAGAAGAUCAUUGUCGACCGCCUCUGCGGCGAGGCUGUGCUCCGUGGCAGCGACAUCUUUGCGCGUGGCGUCAUGUGCGCCAGCAGCGCGCUCAGCCACAGCGAGCCGGUCGCCAUCUUUGUCGAUCUCGACCACUCGGCAACGCGCGGCAGCGAUGCCGAGCUCCACACGGGGCGCAAGGUGCUCAUCGCGCAGGGCACGACGGCCAUGGCGCGCAGCGAAAUGUUCCGUGCAAUGAAGGGCCUGGCCGUCGCCGUCAACACGCGCUUUUGCUCGGACGCACCACCGCUCAACGGCGUGCUUGCUGGUGAGCUCUACAUGCAGAACACGCCGUCAAGUGUCGUCGCCCACGUGCUCAACCCGAAAGCGGGCGAGACCGUCCUCGACAUGUGCGCGGCGCCCGGCGGCAAGACGUCGCACCUUGCGACGCUCAUGCAGAACAAGGGCACGCUCGUGGCGUGCGAUCGCAGCAAGCGCAAGGUGCUCGAGAUGAAGAGCUACUUUGACUCGAUCGGUCUCUCGAUCAUCACGCCGAUUCGCCUGGAUUCGACGCAGUCGGUGCGACCAAAAGACAGCGACGUCUUGAGCGUCCAGGAGAUCAUUGCAGCGGCGGCCAAGGCGCGCACGAACGAGAAGCUCCUUCAAAUCGACGGCUUUAGCCCCGAAACCUUUGACAAGAUUCUGCUGGACCCGCCAUGCUCGGCGCUGGGACUGCGCCCGCGGCUCUUGCACGCGUGCAACAUGAGCGAACUCGACCAAUACUCCAACAUGCAGCGCAACUUCCUCUGGGCCGCGGUCUUCCUCCUCAAGCCCGGGGGUACGCUCGUCUACUCGACGUGCACGGUCAACCCCAACGAGAACGAAAAAAUGGUCGCGCACGCACUGAAGGAGUACCCGCUGGAGCUCGUCCCGCAGUCGCCGAUCGUGGGCGCGCCAGGGCUGCUCGACAUGGGCCUGUCCCCCGAGGACGCGGCCAAGGUUCAGCGCUUCGACCCGUCCGACGCGAUCGACACGAUGGGCUUCUUCUGCGCCAAGUUUACCAAGACCAAGUCGAUCCGCGACACGACCGCCGUCGUAGACGCUUAGAUGAUCGUUGGUAGACGGUGGAGAGAGUAGAAAUACAU